GCACCGGCAUGCUCACGGUGAUGGACCUGGACCGCCAGGCCGCCAUAGUUGCCACCCGCUUCAAGCGCUGGGCGAUGACGCACGGACCGGUAAGGCAGCUCUUCUUUGGUGCGGACAACGUCGUUGCGCAGCUUGGAAAGGUGGUGUCCUUCACCGAAUUCGUGGCGGUGUGCCGCAGGACCGGCUUAGAGGCUUCGGACGAGGAAUUCGUGGAGAUCUAUGGCAUUUGCGACCCGACUGAGUCGGGCGUGCGACCGCUGGAUCUCUUGUUCCUCGAGCCUGAUCCGCACAUAAAGGAGCAAGAGGAGCAGCGGCUGAAAAUUCUUCGCAUGGGCCAGCGGGAACAGAAGCAGCACCUGAUGGCAGACGUGUUCCGAGAGGAAAAGGCGCGGCAGGUCUCGGCAAAGCAUCGCCUAGCGCCAAGGCCAUGGCAGGCCAUCGACUUUGAGCACUUGCCAAAGAUCGUCUGCGAGCGGCAGCACGACUGGCAGAUUGCAGCUGAGAGGCGAGCGGAGGAGGCGCGGAUGGAUUUCAUGCAGUACCUCCGCAAAGCCUAUGGCAACGAGGUCAGAGCCUGGCGAAGGGCGCUGGACCCAAAAGCCACAUAUCGCCUUACACUGAAGGGCCUGCGGAAAUUCUUCCACGCUGAAGUGAACCUCCGUGUGGACCAAGGGGCUCUUUGGAAGGCCCUCGACCAGGACGGUGUGGGUCAUGUUGGCAUCGAGGAUCUGGCCCCUAGGCACAGCCACGUCUUGGCAAACUUUCGCCAGCACGGUGCUGAGCCUGCCUAG